CAGAAGAAUCAGCCGCAGAAGCAGCAGCAGUAGUAGCAGCAGAAGAAGAAGAAGAGGAGGAAGUAGUCCUAAACAGACGCACGAGUAUCUGUAUGGACGGACUAUAUAUUGAAAUAAAACCUUAAUUUUAAGUCAGCAUGGAUGACGAAUAUACGGCUGGGUACAGGGAGCCCUGUUCUGAGUGCUCAGCGGUGGACUGGGGCAUUACAGACGAGUGUCACUUCUACUGCAGGUCCUGCCACAACGUCAUCGAGAGAACAAGAGACGUGGAGGAUACGGGUUUUGUUCAAAACGGGUCCAGCAAGAUCUCCUCCAUCAGGAAAGGAAGCAAGAAGAAACCAGAACGUGGUCAUAUAUGGAUGGUGUGUGAAGGUUUCCAGUUCAUCCUGAGGAAUCAGGCCAACGCUCUGCUCAGGUUGGGAGUCAGUCCACAGUUUAAGGACGACGUGUUGUGUCCACUGUGGAGACUCUUCCUGCAGAAGAGUCGACUGGCCUACACCUCCAACCCAGUGAAGAGCUCCAGGUUCAAAGUGCAAGACUCGGAUUCGGACAGUGCAGCCGAGUCGUCCAACAUGUCCGCCAGUGCGACAGACGGAGAGUCGAACCCGCCGAGUGCCGCCGACUCUACUGCAGAGGACGCCAGUGAUUGGUCGGGUUCGACAGAUGUCUCCAGCUAUCUCUCGACUCGGCUAAAGCGGAAACGCAGUCCGUUGAGUAUGAUGAAAACUCUGGCUCUGAUCCACCUGGCUCUGGUCUGGAGCCGCGAGGCGCUGACGCUAAGCGACCUGCUCAGGCUGGUAAACGAAGGUCACGUCCCGUAUGUGAACGCCUACGAACAACUGCCUGAAGAGAUGAAGGUGAUCGGAAAAGACGCUCUCCUCUUUAGAGUCGAGAGUAUCCCAUCUCACCGGAUUGUGCACAAGGAGGCUCAGGCUCUGGUUCUGUUCCUGGAGCUUCCUGCUUUUCCUCCAAUCACCUGUGAGACUCUGUUGCACCCAGAGCUGCUCAGCCUGCGGUAUCUGACCGACACCAACCUGCCCGAUGAGCUCCACCUCUGGGUCUGCAGACUGAUGGAACAAGCCGGUAUGGCAGAUCAAACACUCCACACAUUUGACCCUCAUUCCUGUCCCGUCCUGCCUCGGUACGACAUCCAGACCGCCGCCCUCAUCAUCGUCACCAUGAAGUUCCUCUUCGGCCUAGACGACCACACUGAGUGGAAAUUAUCCAAUGAAGUUGGUAACCAAAGCGACUCAGGUGAUAUGUUUAACCUGAGGAGGUGGUACAAAUUAAUGCAGGAUGUUUUGAUGCGAGCGCAGCAGAAGAGACGACAGGAUAUUGCCAGAAAACAGUGGAAGGCAAAGAAACCAAUUUUCCCAAAGAAUAUUGGGCUUAAGCGUACGAUGAUGAAAAAGAAAAGAAUAGCGGAGCAGGUGCAGCUGUGUUUUGAGAAGCUGUCCUCCAGGCCGGCUGGAGUCCAGGAAGUUAGCCCGUCCAGCUUCAGGUUCUGCUGGGGGGAUGAGGACGGAUCAGACGGUCCUAGUCUGCAUCACAUGAAGCUGGAUGGAGUCGUGACCCUGAAACACAACCUCCUGACUCCAUCCAACUCCACGUACUGGCAUCCAGGCCUCAAGAAAUGUGACCGUCGACAAUGCCCCAGCAGCCAUUACUCAGAUAUGGAGCCAACGCUGCCACGCUCCUUCGUUUGGCUGCUGCAGCUCUUCUCCUUUCUACUCGACGUGAAGCCGCCCUACCUGUACGAGGAGGUGCUGAAGGUGGAGAGACAUGUUAUCGGUACCGAAACGCACUGCGACGUAUCCUCGAGGAAGAAGAAAACCAGGACCAGGGCCAAGACCAAAUCAUCACCCAGAACUUUAGACAGAACUUUGAAAACUGGAGGAGAAAGUGGAAAAACUGCCAGUAAAUCCAGCUAGAAGAAGUGUGGAGAAGGGGGAGGUCAUCAGCUCUCUGAUUGCUUUGUUUCAGGUGUUGGUUCUGCAGCACAAUAUUUUCUCCAACUUUACACCCGAUAUAUUUUAAUAAAUGCUCAAAUUUU